AUGUCACAACCACACAACGUCCUUGCGUUGACUCUACAACCAUCUUCUUCAAUUCCUUCACAAUCUUCUCAUCAACAACAAGAACGAAUUUUCAUUUCAGACCUUCAUGCUACCUCUGAUCACAAUGACCAAGAGGACGAUGAUGCCUGUAGCGAUGCAGAUAGUAUCAUUGUCCAUUUCACUCAUCGAAGGACCCUUACCAAACCAUUGGUUCCAUCGUUCCAACCAACUACUCUCACUCAUCGACAAGAUUUUCCAUACUAUUCAUCAUCAUCAAUGAUGGACAGAAAAAGCCAUGGCUCCUCUCAAACCACUCUCAUUUCCACCAAUAUGCGUCAUCCUCCAAAAGAAUACCAAUCCAGUUGUGACACAAAUAUUGCUCCUUUAACGGUUUAUUCAAAAGCAACAACGGCCAAGACUACCACUCGUUCCACGACUCAUUCUGCAUCGGCUGUUCGAAUUCCAACGUGUUGUGGAGUGAUUGAAUUGAAUCUCAUUCGAGUCUUGUGUCUGUUUGGAAUGAUUGUAAAUAUUUGUUGUUUUAUUGCAGUGGCAGCAGUGGUUGGAAAUUCGUUUCGACUCGAAGCGAAAAAGGAAAUUUCCUUGUUGCUGCAACGAGCGAGUUUUUUACAACUCUAUGAUCAAACGGCAUGUCUGGUACGAUUGGCUGCUUCGACAGGUUCUCUGAAAUAUGUACCUCUAUAUUAUGAAUCUCAAACAAAUACUUCUCGAGUCUUGUUGGAAAUGUCACAAAAUUUACCUCCAGAUGUUUUGGCAAAAACAAAAUUCGAUCCAAAAAAUCCAGGAUAUGUCAAGUAUGAUCAACAAGUGAUUGAGGCUGUUCAGGAGGGUGAUUUAAUCACUGCUAAUCGAGUGUUGAAAUCAUUUUCGUAUGUCGUUUGGGAUGCCUAUGCCACUUACUUUAAAGAUUAUGUGACGCAAGAGGUGAAGAAGUUGAGUUUACAAAAACAAGAUUAUUUGAAAUAUUCUAGUACUGUGAAUAUGAUACUAGUGUUGUUGGGAGUUGUAAUUUCCAUUCCAAUUGUGAUGAUCAUCUUUGCAUUGGCAAUGACCAGUGAACAAGUAUCUUCUCGUAAACUUAAAAAGGCAACAUUGUUCAUGAUAUUGGAAACUUUGCGGAAUGAAAAGUCAAGUCAAUUAUUUAAGGAAUUUUGUGAAAAAGAAAACCAAUUGGAAAAGUAUACCUUUUUGGAGAAUUGUCAUACCUAUCGUGAGAUGUGUGAAAAGUCUAUUGAAAUGAGACGUACCCAAUGGAAUAUUGGAGAUGAAGUUUCCAAUCUUGAACAAAUCAAAGAAAUUGAAAAGAACAAGUAUGAAAUGGCAUUCAAGAUUUUCACUGAAUUUAUUGACACGAAUGGAGAGAAUCCAUUUCCAACCUCUGAUAAAUUUCAAGAACAUGUCAAGAGCAAGUUGGAUGAAUUUUCGAGUGAGAGUCCAGUAUUGGAUGGACACUUAUUCGAUGAAUUGGAGAAGGAAAUUUGUGAUUCGUUACUUGAUUCAUUUAUGAAAUUCAAGAAGGAAUUGAGAAUGAAGAAGAAGGUACAGAAAUGA